CCGGCGAUGGAGAAGAAUGUGGUGAUGAUCUGUGCAGCCGUGAGCUUCCUUGGCCUUCUCUCUGCUUCGCUCGGCUUCGCGGCUGAGGCCACAAGGAUCAGGACCGAUGAGGGUUUUGGGUUUUCUUCACCUGACUUACCAUGUGGAAUCGGUUGCUCUGCCACUCCACUGGAAAGCCAUCAUCUAUCGCGUUAGGGUUUUAUAGGGUUUUAAAGACGGGAUCUCGUUGAUUAGGAGGCAUCUUUACUGUUUCCUGUGGUAAAGUUCUGAUCUUUGAAUUCCUGGUUGUCUUUCUUUCUUCGGUAAGGGUGGACUAGAAUUACUAUUGAUUGCUAUCAGUUGUCAGGUUUUUGUCGGUAAGGCCUGUUGAUUUCUCUUGAUUCACCUACCAUUCGUCCUAUAAUGAAGUCAUCAUCUUGGAACCGGCUUCAGGGAUAAUAUUUUUUUUUUCUAUCGCAUUAGGGUUUGUAGUGUUUAAAGAUUGGAUCUUUUUAAUUGGCAUUGACGAAGUCGUGUCAGGUCAAGCUUGCACUUGGUCUAGAACACCUUCAUCAAGCCAUGGGACUGUUGCAAUCUUGGUUAGAGGUUGAUGUCUUUACCUUCAAUCUCUAUUUGCAGGUUUCUGAUGUGCAAACAUCAACACUAGGUCAAUGCACAUAUCCAAGGAGCCCAUCAUUAGCUCUGGGUCUUAUAGCUGCAGUGGCUCUUGUGAUAGCUCAGGCCAUCAUAAGCACCAUAGCUGGGUGUAUAUGUUGCAAGAAAUAUCCAAAUCCAUCCGACACCAACUGGACAAUUGGGAUGUUCGCCUUUGUUGCUUCUUGGGUGACUUUUAUUAUAGCCCUUGUUCUGUUGUUGAGUGGUGCUGCUCUAAACGAUAAAUGGGGGCAGGAAAGGGUGUACUUUGGCAAAUACUGCUACGUCAUCGAGUCUCGGGUAUUUACAGGAGGUGCAGUGUUAUCCCUUGCAAGUGUUGCCCUUGGGAUUUUUUAUUAUGUUUCAUCAACAUUACCAAAGAAUAUACAAGUUUCAAAUCCACAACAAAAUCAAGGCAUCUCAUUGGGUCAUUCUAAUAUUCCUCCGGGGACUCAGACCACCCUGGUAUUUGUGCAUGAGGAUACAUAUAUCAGGCAGCAAUUUCCCUGAAGGUGACAGUGGUUUUCGCUAGAUCAAAUUCUAGAUCAUUUUGAUCUUGAGCUCUGUCCUUCUUGUGUGACAGUAGGCACACAAAUUGUUGUCCUCUCCUGCGGCAGCUCUAUAUCGGCGAUGCAUGAGGCUCGGACAAACACAUCGAUGUGUGUAGUUGAGAAUUAGUGGUGUUGUAUAUUACUUCCAUCUCCAAUGUGAAGUUUGACAGCAUUCGAUCGCAACAUCUACAACAGCUUGGUAGCUUGUGGUGGAUGAACAGCAUUAGUGAUGAGAAGAUGACAUUUUGCAGAGUUGAGAGGGUUUGUAUCAACUGUAAUUUGUGUUGCAAUAUGAACAUCACAUUUUGUGUUGAUAAUUAUGUACUGUACGGUCAAAUCUUGCCAACUUGCAUGGCGAAGAACAAUGCAGAUGUGUGGUCCAAAUUGCACGGUUUCCGUAUCUUGCAUGACAGUGUAGGAUUUGCAGGGAGAGCAUUAAGUUGGCAUGUGUGGAUGUUGUGGCAUUCUCAGUUCUUCCUGUAGGACAGGAGGGCAUUGUAGGAUUUGCAGGGAGGGGAUUAAAUUGUCAUAUGUGGAUGCUGUGGAUUUCUCGGGUCUUCCUGUAGGAGAGGGCAUUGUAGGAUUAAAUGUGCCAUAUGUGGAUGCUGUGGAUUUCUCGGGUCUUCCUGUAGGGCAGGGCAUUGUAGGAUUUGCAGGGAGAGCAUUAAAUGUGCCAUGUGUGGAUGUUGUGGAAUGCUCUGUGAUUCCUCUAUGGUUGCAGGUGCUUGGUUUGUUCCUUCCCCUGACUGACCACAGUUCAGUUUUAAUGCUUGGAGACAUCCACUUUGCCUGCCUCAGUGAUCUCAGCU